AUGCCUUCGUUAGGAAUAUCGUGCGUGCGCUACUUGGUAUUUUUCUUCAAUUUCCUGUUCGCGAUCACCGGCCUGGUCGUGAUUGUAGCGGGAGCUAUGAUUCAAUCGAACUAUUACCAUUACUCAAACUUUGUCGGUGAUAACUUCUGGACCGCUCCGAUAGUGCUUAUCGUGAUCGGUUCCAUCAUCUUUGUGGUGGCAUGUUUCGGAUGUUGUGGAGCCGCCAAAGAAAGUCCCUGCAUGAUCAUUACGUUCUCGAUUUUCUUGGCGCUGGUGUUCCUGGCCGAAAUCGGAAUCGGCGUUGCCGGAUACUACAAGCAUGAGGAACUGAGCGGCAUUUUGGAGAGGGGCUUCAACAAGACGCUCGACAGUUACGCUACGGACAAGGGUGCCCAGGAGGCGUGGAACCUUGUACAAUCGGAGAUGGUGUGCUGCGGCAUCAAGGGACCAGAAGACUGGGAGCCAAUCUACAAAAACGACACGGUACCGCGAGCCUGCUGCCACCGGAUGCCGAUCGGCGUGAACAAGUGCACUAGGGAGUACGCCACGUCCGAGGGUUGCUUCUCGAAGCUUUCGAGCUACCUUGGCUCGAAGUCACUGAUUCUAGCUGGCAUCGGCAUUGGACUGGCUAUUGUGCAGCUCAUUGCCGUCCUGCUGGCCUGCUGCUUGUAUGGAUCGUUCCGUCGCCAGUACGAAACUGUCUAAAUUGUGGAUCCGUCCGGGGAAGCUGAAACACAAAUCAUUUGCAUCCACACUCCAUCACCGUGGGAGACGAAAGCGAAGAAAAUGGAAUAUAAUUUUAAUUUCUGCCACUGUUGGAUCCCGAAGCGAAACAAAGCAAGGGAAAACCUUGUCCUCUUAAAGCUACGAAUCCCCCCAUUAAGCUAUUGUUCCGUUAAGAAAACGAAAUCAAAAUAAGGGGAAUGAACUGUGUAGGUUAUUCGCAUAACUGAUGAUCAUUAAAUAUUCCGUUUUAGUUUCGUAAAAAAUGCAAUACUAGCUAUGCUACAAUGCAACAAGUAUCUCCAAUCAAACAAGUAAAAAAUUUGCGAUUGUUAGACGAACGUAUCUCCGUAUCUCACUGAAAAUAUACACGUGUGAAACCGCUCAGCCAUAACGGAAUCACCUUUUGGAUAUACCUCCUCCAUGUAUCACAUGAGCACUAUCUUUCCCACCUCUCCCAAAUCAAGCCAACAAUUUCGAAAGGGAACAAAUGGAAAUCAAUAAUUUUCUCUAUCACACUAGUCGCGUGAGGUUGCCGCGAAGUUUUAGAAGAAAACAACAUUUAGCGACCCGUCCCGAUUAGGGGCGCUUUAGACGAUUAGGAAUAGUACCGAUAAUGCAUAUUCCCAGUGAAGUGUAACGUGCCGUGCACGAACAAUCGUGCAUUUGUCCUCAAUAACAUCAGCGACGAAAACGAAUUAUUGACUAUUUAGCAAACAAUCGAAAAUUUAAAACAUAGAAAACCUGUGAAGAUUUUGAAAAUAAUUACUGAAUAUUGAUGGUGACAAGACGAUUGUGUUGUGGAGACCAAUAGGCAGCAAAGAAGCAGAAAUAUUCUCUAGAUUUAUUUGCUUUAGGUGGGUUAGAAAAUUCGAAGCGCAUUUGUUCCAUUCGCCGCAUAAAUGUACAUUCGCCCCAACAAUCCGCUCGUAUAGCUCCAUUCCCUUCAAGAGUCGUAUAAUCCGACGUCGAUGUGUAUGCGACCGGUAAUGCAACAGAACCAAUUGCUUAAAACCCUCAUCGUAUUCACUCUAGUUGUAGUUGCAGGUGCUUGAGAGUCGAUUUUGUGGUGAGAAUCUUACACGAAUUGAAACUAUUUGCAAUUUUCCCAACCCUAGUCGUGAAAGUAUAGUAUGAAUCAUUAAAAACAAAAAGAAUCAUGCACAGGUUUUAAUAAUGAGGCAAAAUUAUGGGAAAUGUGGUCGUGAUUACAAUGGAGGGCUAUGUAAGUAGGGGGUGCUGGUUGCCAAUAGCAUGAAUAGUACACCGAAAAUUAUUAAUUGCAAGUUGAAACCGUAACGUACGUUCAUUUGAUUGUAUUGUAGUGGCAAGCCCCAGAAUUUAGAAUUUGAAAUAAUGAAGCAUUUCUUGGGUUUGAUUUUUUGAUACGUAUCCCGUGUUUUUUACGAUAAAGAAUCGCAAGCCCUUCACAAAAUAAAGUAAGUAACGAUUUGCACGGAGUGCAUGCAAUGUUGGAGGAUUAGUUGCAUAGUGCAGGAAUGUUUCACUCGGUCACGUUAUACAGUGUGGGGCGCCGUGGUUGGUGCUGAUAAGAAGGAACUUACACAUAUUUUCACUACUGCACAACACUUUUCAAUUUGUUUGCACGAUCUUAUGUCACGAAGAAUCUCGCAUAUUUGCUUAUAAAAAAGGAAAGCGGUAGCGUUUGAAUGUUUCCACGAACACAUAACACAUCUCCGCCCAUGUUAAGUAAACGGAAUACCAUAACUGGAGUUAAGUAAUCCAUAUUUGAUUAUGUAUUAAGAAUGUAUGCUCAAACAAUUUAAGGGAAACAAAACAACUGUGCAACAAAGGUAGGUCCGUGAUCAACAUACAUAAAUGAGACUAUUUACAAAUUUGCUUAACUUUUACCAAAUGUACCCGUAUAACAUGGUUUUCAUCACUGCUACAGCGAUAGAGGUUUGGCUGAAAAUUUGGCUUACGUGUAGCACUUGAUUUCAGCAGCAUGCAACCAAUUAAACUUUUUGAAUGUUUUGCCCGCUUAGAUAUUGCGUUUAACCACUUGGUCUACUAUUGGUUUCGAUGUACUUUUAUCUUCAAAUGGGACUGUCAUGCAAAUAGCAUUGGAAUUUGAAAUAGAAGUUGGUUCUGUUUCAUGGAGGAAAACUGUUUUUUUACUUCAAUUAUUUUGGAUUAACGUAAACAGGUAGAAAGUACAGUACAGAGCAACUGUGUUGAUAUUUUUAUAAAUGUAUUUUACUGAUUAAAUGCUAGAAACUACAAUAAAAAUAUAG